AUGCAGAAGCAUAAAUUCUUUCACAAGGCCAGCUUACAGCUGCAGCACCUGGCAGUGAUAGGAGCCAGAUACGGCAUGCUGCCGCACAUAACGCCACAGGAGAGUGCCAGCAAACUUGUACGGCGGCCAUGCCGUACAAGCGCUGGGCCGUACAAGCGCUGGGCCAUACAGGGGUCCGGGCCUAGGUGGUUGGUGAUUGACAAGGGGUUUCUGCAGUUUGCAAGCUCCCCUUUUAUGGCCUUCAUCGGGGGACAUGACCGCAGGCAGCUGCAGUGGCUAGGUUUCCCGUCAGGAGAGCUCGUCAUAAAAGGGGCUCUGCUUGUUUGGGGCUUCCAGGUACAUCUUCAGGACUUUCCUGGGCUAUAUAAUGGUUGA